UUUAUUUUGAAACGGCAAACCACGUACGGGAAGUCGGAAGGGAAAAUCUGCUGGAAUCCGCGGAAAUCAUCAACAAGACUAUUUUCCUUUACUUGGCUAGCUUACCAUCCGUCAACUUCUAUUUCUCCCUUCCCUCCCUUUCACUGUCAAACCGCCACACUGGCGAUGUCGGAGUCUUACGAUUUCCUGUUCAAAUUCCUGGUCAUUGGGAAUGCUGGGACAGGCAAAUCCUGUCUGCUGCACCAGUUCAUAGAGAAGAGAUUCAAGGAUGAAUCCAACCACACAAUUGGAGUGGAAUUUGGCUCGAAGAUCAUCAGCGUGGUGAACAAAAUGGUCAAACUGCAGAUUUGGGACACUGCAGGACAAGAAAGGUUCAGGUCUGUGACUAGAAGUUACUACAGGGGAGCAGCAGGAGCCCUGCUGGUCUAUGAUAUCACCAGCCGAGAGACAUACAAUGCUCUGACCACAUGGUUGAGCGAUGCCAGGAUGCUGGCCAGUCAGAACAUCGUCAUCAUCCUGUGUGGAAACAAGAAGGACUUGGACACUGACAGAGAGGUCACGUUCCUGGAGGCUUCACGCUUCGCCCAGGAGAACGAGCUGAUGUUCCUGGAGACCAGUGCCCUAACAGGGGAGAACGUUGAAGAGGCUUUUGUCCAGUGCGCUCGGAAAAUCCUCAACAAAAUAGAGUCAGGAGAGCUGGAUCCAGAGAGGAUGGGGUCAGGUAUCCAGUAUGGGGACGCCGCGUUACGACAGCUCCGUUCUCCUCGUCGUGCUCAGCCGCAGGGCACCCAGGAGUGUGGCUGCUAGUGGACGUGUCUUGUAGCGUACACAGACAAGUGUGUUUCAGACAGGCUUGUGAAGACCAGGAGAAGAACAGCCAUGGAGGACCCAGAAAGUGCUGGGUAAAGGUUGUGGUGCUGGUGACUCCUCCCUGACCUUUGAUCUUCGACCUUUGCACGGAACCUUGAGAACCUUCAGAACCUUUGUCGUCAUGGCUGCACCUGCAGAGAGCCACGCCCCCUCCCCCUCAGUCCUCUGAGUAUAUCCAAGGUAACCAGAGACCACCCACCUCCAACAGCCUGCUUCACGAUUGGACCAAACCCUCCCUGGCCCUCCAAUCAGGAUGUAAAUCACUGACACGUAACUCCUCCCUCUCUCUCUUUCUUUCUCCAACCUUUCACCUCUCUCCUGAUCUGCCCUCACACCUCACACCUGCUUUCCUCCCACCUUUCUGUAUUAUAUUGUUGUCUCUCCAUUAUACCCCUUUAAGGAAUAGUCUACAUUUUUGAAAAUUUGUGUUGGAAACAAAUGAGAACACAAAACAAGUGAAUCGGUUAGCUUUAAAGAUGUUGGCAGGUGGAGCAAGCUACGCUAGCCAUUUCCCAUGACUUCUAGUCCUCACAUUAAGCUGAGCCAGUCACCACCUGGCUCCAGUUCCACAGACAUGAAGCAUUGGUUUUCUCAUCUAAUUCUUAGCAAGAAAACACAUUUACCAAGUUGUUGAAUUGUUCCUUUAACUAUUUCCCCCUCCCUACUACAGUACUUCUCUUUCUCCAUCCUUCACUCUGACUGCCUGUUAACUUCCUGCUCACCUGUUUUAAACACAGUCUACAUUUGAACUCCCUGUUUGCCAGUUUCACUCCCCUCUUGCAUACUUUCUCUCCCAGUAAACUGACCCCUGGCACCUCAGUGGCCAAGUUACACUUUAUCUCAUUACCACCCCUGAUACCCUCCAUCUCCAUCUGCAGUUUUUUUCAUCCCAUCAUUUCAUCCCAUCUGCCUGCCUGCCUGUCUCUUUACACGGCUCUCUGCUUCUCUAAGUCUGUCCUCCUGUCCCCCUGCAGCUUCUGUCACACUGUACAGUGUUUCUGUAUAUAGAGAUUGACGCAUGUUUUCUCAAACAGAAUAUCAGAGUAUUUCAUUAUGAAGAGAUAUUGUAUGUAUAUUAAAGUAGAUAUCAUAUCCAGCAUCGGGUUCAUGCACCACUGUAUUUUUAUCAUGUUAAGCUACAAUACACUGGCAUCUUGUAAGCAGUAUGUACGGGCAGUACUGUUUGCAGCGAUUAUGUUUAUUUGUAAAUGGGACAAGCUGAUGUGGAUUACAUUAGGGACUAACACUUUUAUGUGGAAAUUGCUGUUUUAUCUUUGUUCAAGCUCAUAGAUUUACAGAAAAAAACAGAGUGGCAACCUGAACAGAUGUUUGGUUUUCUGUUCUAGUUUAUUUAAAUCAUCCGUACUGUGAAAAGUUACAAGUCUUCUUAUAAUUCACAACGGCACAUUCAACACUCACCGUUACAUGACAGUGUAACACACUUCUUUGUCCAAAGGAGUUCAGUUAUGACUUUUGACUGAUCUAUUACACUUAAACAGUAAAUGUUGCCUGUUUACAUGAAUACCUGACUGACUGCUGCCAGCUGUUGGUAAAUACUAACUGAAUGCAUUUAGCAAUGGUGUGAAGUUAUCUGAUGUGUGCUUGAUUUUUAUUUGUCUCCAAAGAUACUUUAUGUCUCUCGUUUUGAACUUUGGAACAGUUCAGCCACAUGAAGCUCUCAACAGAAAACACUAACACAUACAUUUUUUGAAGAUUGUGAUUUAGAGGUGUGUUUUGUAUAGGUGUGUUCAAGCAUUACAACAAUGUAUCAUUUAUGUCAUGUUUUCUCUUUUUUUUUUUUUUUUUUUUUUUUUACAUUUUUGCCCUCCAAACAUUAUGCAUUAAACUUUUAAAUUAAGCACACUUCAAACUGUAGAAACAUUUCAGAUUAGAAUAUCCUCACACGUUUGAUCUGAUGGUGGUUUCGGCUGCUCCACGUCAGGUUGCUGUCUUGUGUUUAUGUCAUCCAGUCCUUUGUUUUUAUUUAUGUUUGUCUGUUUUUCUCUCGUCAUAAGGAAUAUCAUGGAUUUUUAAUUUAUUGUGUAUGAUAAAAGCAUAUGUUUUUAAAAUAAAAAUGACUACAGGUGAACCAG